AAGUCAGUGCUGGAAUUCGACAUUUCACUAGGCUAGUUUUGUGUGGUUUUAAUUUAAAAAGUUUACGCUUUUCUUCUAAUGCAUUAAAGGGACCCGUUAACAUGUAGAUAAGACUGCUAUAACGCGAAAGUGUAACUACUGUAGUUUUCUCAUUGAGCUUGCAAACUAACUUUACCCGAGAGUGAGUUCCAUGAUGCGCUUUCGGGCCAAGCGCAGUGUUCGCCUCUGAUGCAUGAUGUCUCUUGUUGUGAUUUUUUAAAACUUUUUUACUUUGUUGACUAACUUUCGUUUCCUUGUUUGAUUGCCAAUAUCCCGUCAUAAAAGAGUGAGUCAGACCGGGUAACUCGAGUGAUAUAACGGGAAACUUGCUGGCCUGCUACUUUUGCUCAAGGAAAGUGUUAACCACGAGUGCUUUUGAUGAUUUAAUUCAAUGGAAACAGUUAGCCUAGCGAUCGAAACUUCUUUUGGAUCAAUUGGGAUCUUUUCGCUGACCAACACGUAAUUCAAAUCUAAAACAACAAGAUGCUGAACUACAACAACAACAACAUACUGAGCUCCCCCCAUCAUGCCGUGUCCACCCCCACCGGAGCCCUGCUGGACAGGGACAGGAAGGCUGUGGGGACCCCCUCGCUGGGCAGAGGGGUGUCUGUGUACCACUCGGUCACCCUUCCCAACCCCAGCUCCAAGUUCCACCAGAACCAGUUCCUCAACAGCCUGAAGAUAUCAGACCCCUCCUCCUGCUCCGUCACCUCAGGGUUAAUCAGUGGCAGCAACAAGGAGACCCGCAUGAGAGACCGCUCCUUCUCUGAGACAGGCGAGAGGCUCCUACAGAAGUGCCUGGGGCCGGCUAGUCCUACCAGCCUGGGAUGCAACAGCCAGAGCCAGCAGCAGAGCCAGGUCAACUCCAGCCGCUACAAGACGGAGCUGUGCCGUCCGUUCGAGGAGAACGGAGCCUGCAAGUAUGGCGACAAGUGUCAGUUCGCCCACGGCAUCCAUGAGCUGCGUUCUCUCAGCCGCCACCCUAAAUACAAAACCGAGCUGUGUCGCACCUUCCACACCAUCGGAUUCUGCCCCUACGGUCCCCGCUGUCACUUCAUCCACAAUGCAGAGGAGCGCCGUGGACCCCCUCCCGGAUCCUCCUCCUUCUCCCCGCUCUCCUCCAAUAAGCUGGAGCGUCCUCGUCUGCAGCACAGUUACAGCUUCGCAGGGUUCCCCAGCUCCGGGGGUCUGAGAGGAGAGGGCAGCCUCACCCCUACACCCAUGUUCUCCCCAGAAGAGAUGCCUGAGUGGCCAAGCUGCAACCCCUUCACAUAUUCCAGCCAGGAGCUGGCCAACCUGUUUGGCCCCAGCCUGGGAUCCGGCGGCCCCGCGGGGACCGAACCCAACACCCCUGCACCCCUGUCUCCGACCAACACCCCCUACUUCUUUAGGCCCAUGUCGGAGUCCCCCACUCAGAUGUUUGAGUCUCCGUCCAGCCCUCCACAGGACUCCCUGUCAGACCAGGAGGGGUAUCAGAGCAGCUCAGGGGGCAGUCUCAGCGGGUCAGAGUCCCCCAGCCUGGACACCAACAGACGCCUCCCCAUCUUUAGCCGCCUCUCUGUCUCUGACGACUAGACUGCUCCUAAUUAAUGUACGUUAGCCGUCGCCUCCCAGAAAGAGAAAAUGAAUGGACAAUGGCACUCCCCUCUACCAUGGUCCCCUGCCCCUUUCCUCCACAAAACAAUAUCAAUUUAUUUCCAAGUUUGAAUGAUCUAAGGAUAAAGUGACUUAAUUAAGGGAACUUGUUUUCAAAUCACCCCAGAAAUCUCUUCCCUGCUGUUUACUCCCCUCCCCCUCAUAGAGCCUACCCUGUCUUCUGGCAUAGUGCCAAAAUGGGAGAGGAAAUGAAUGAACAAUGAGAAUGAUGGUGUGAGAAAGAAGGAAAAAAAAUAGAUUGUUAGACUGUUGUUUUGCCAGGUGCCACCUGUCUUUCUGUUCUUGAACACUUAGCAGUGCUAGUGGGCCUUUGGCAUGGGGAGUGUAUCAUCACACCACACGCCCCACUCUUCCACCACCACCAUCCUCUGACGUUACCACCUCUCAAGCGCACUUCCCUGGUCUACUCUGCGCUGAGCUCGCUGGAGGGUGCUCAGUAACAAACCCUGUCCUCAGAUCAACCACAGCUGUUUUUACUACAGACUUUGAGCAACAACAAAAAAAUACAUAAACUGAAAUGAUAUGAAUAGUUUUAAAACAAAGUGCCAGGGGCAGUUGGUUUGUGCGUAGCAUGUGCAAGAGUUGAUUGGAUGGAUGGAUGGACUACUGUCUGAGAGUUUUUGAUUCAAUGUCGACUUGUCCCGUCAUAGUUCUUCUCAAGCAUUCUUUGUUGAGUCUCAUUUUAUGUAAUAGCGGAGCAGGACCAGAGCAGGAAGUGACUGACAGACACAGGAAGUGUUGCUGGUCACUGGCAGUUGUGUUUCUGGGAAGGAAGGAUGAAGGAUGUCUUUUAAUGUCUAACUGGUUAUUAAACCUUGAAGACGAUUUGGUUUCUGUCCUGCUCCCUCUCUCCUUCCCAGCCCACCUCCGUCCAUGCUGUUCUGCAGGCAGCAGGGAAUUCCAGCAUUCCCAUGGUGCAGUUCUUCCACUUCCUGCAACUUGAGAUGGGAUCUCUAAGCUAUCUUAUUUUUCCUCUUCCCCUAUAGACUCAGAAUCUGGCUCUGAGGAGCAACUGUUGACAUCUCCCUGCUCCCUUCUAUGGUUUUUGAUGUAUCAUUUUUUAUUGUUAUUAUUAUAGUUAUUGUUUGUUUUAAAACUUUCCAAGCAUUGGUGCUUGUCACUGCUUAUUUAACUUAUCGAAACAUAUUUAUUGGUGAUCAUAUGCAUUUAGUUUUUUUUUUUUGUUAAUUUUGUAUUUAUCUGGAUAAUGAACAAUAGAAUAUAUUUUCUUUUUAUGUUAAAUUAUGAUCUUCGGUAUUAAUCUAAAGAUUGUGAAGAUGUUUUGUCAGUUUCCUUUUUUUUUUUCCUUCUCCCACAGUUUAAUAUAUUGUACUACAAUGACUGCAACAAUAUUUGUAACUACACUUUGUUAAAAUAAAACUUAAUUUAAAGCAACAAAAAAAUACAGGAUUUCUUUUUUUUUUUUUUUUUUUUUUUUUGCAUUUUGAUUAUUUAUUUGUUUUCCCCAUUAUUGGACUGCAAUUCUAGCAAAAUAAUACCUGUUGCAUUAUCAUCCCGUGACUGUCCUAUCCUCCCUUACUCUGUAGAACGUUUUCUCUGACCGUAACAGUACUUUACUGUUCCUACUUCGUUCAGCUGUUUGUAUUCUAUUAAAUCACACCAGCUUGGUUCCAUAUGGAGACCAAUCAGGAUUCUCUUUCAUAAUUAUGACUAAAGUGGUAAAACCAAGAGGUACAACACAUAAUGAUGAGUAUCCCCAUGUUCACUCUCACAUCCUGAUUUAAGUGUAGGGUUUAAAGGAAGGUUAUGGCUGAAUGUUAUGUAAUACACUUAACCAAGGAUUUAGAGGGAAAAUACUGUUUGUAUUACAAGCAAUAGCAGUGACCAAAUGGGUUGAGGAGAAGACAUCUGUGUUUUUGAUUGGAUGUUUGAUUCACUUGCAACUGUUAUAAAGGGCCUACUUUUGAAUACAUUCCAGGUAGCAAACUAAGGACUUUUAUAUUAAACGAUGGAAGAUGGUGAAAUUGUUUUAAUUCCUUGUUCCGUGUUUCCUUAAAGUUUUGAGCAAGGUUAAACCGGAUUAUUGACACAAAGAAAGUACAACUGUUGAAUGUAUUUUUCCAGCCAUGGUUUUUCACUACAGUCAUUUCUAUGUGAGUUUAUAUUAAAAACUGAUUUCUCUUUUUGUAACUAUUGAUUGCAGUUAACCAAUAAACCCUGUAUUUUUGAA